UGACAGACUGACUGGUCGACAGACGGCCCGAUCCAGGUACGAUCCGUUGUCUCGUCUAAAAGCGAUUUUAAGCUUUUGAUGUCAUCUACAUGCACAUGGAUAUGUCAUGCUUAUUAUGGAGCAAUUGAGAACAAUAAAGUAAAGAUGCUCCAGUCCGUCUCCUCAUCCCUUUCGUCUUCAUUCAAUACAUCUCUCUCCCAUCCCUCUCAUUCAUCUCCUCUCUUCACUUAGCACCACAGUCUUCAAAUUUUGUCACACCUCAAUUUUUUUCUUCGUACCGUCAUGCCCGCUCAAUUGCCUCAAGAACGGAUCCUGGAAUAUGUCUCUGCUCCAUCAAUCAAACUCCAGCACACUGUAAACGUACCAUCAAGCACCAUUCCAGCUACCAUUCCCCUCGAUAGAUCCCUCUCAAACCAAUCCGGUCAUCAUAGCGCCACUACAGCCUGUUCCAACGGUCAUCAGGAUCAGACCCCAAAACACUCCCUGGUCGACCCACUUACCGCACCCACAACACGACUCUCCAACCAAUCGAUCCCAAAACUCAGAGUGGCCGUCGUAGGAUCAGGUCUCGCUGGGCUGACAGCUGCCCAUCUUCUGUCCUCACUUCACACCGAAAAUGGACAGGGCGGAUCAGGUGUUGAAGUCCAUCUUUUUGAAAAGGCCCACAAACUAGGAAUGGAUGCGGCAUCGCUCUCAGUGUCAUGUCCCUGUCAAGAAUGCGCCCAAUCUUUGGGGCGCGAGGUCGGGGACCCCAACCACGAACACGUCCAAGGUCGAAUGGACGUGCCCAUGAGGAGUUUUUUCCCAGAGUACUACCCCAACCUCGUGCGACUCUAUAGAUCCAUUGGGGUUAAGUUUCACGAUGCUGAUAACACUCUCUCAUGCUUUGAUGUCGACAUUGACUCGUCUUCAGCCCAGCUAACUCAAGGUCAGAACCAAAAAGCCUCAAAAGUCCGAGUGCAUGAGCCGUACCUGUCCUCAAGGUCAUACAGGGUCGGCUCUGAUCAGACCAUCACCUUGCCGGAUCUGCCGCUCUUUUCGGUCUUUAACCCCUUCCCCUUUGGACGCCGCAUCUUGGGCUACUACAGGAUCGCUAAGGACUAUCUUCGAAUGCUCAUUGUCUCUAAGGAGUUCAUGGCCAAGGGCCGCAUGAUGGACAUUGGGAAACAUCCGAUCGAAUGGGGUAAUGGUCGCAUGAUCACUCUCCGCGAGUUCCUCGAAGCAGGAGGGUACAGCCACGACUUUGCUGCGUUCUUUGUUCCUCUAUUUGCGUCCGUCUGCACAUGCAGUUUUGAGCGGAUGAUGGAGUACCCUGCCUGCGUUGUGCUCGAGUAUGUGGCGAGGUGUAUGCCCUUUGGCCGCAUGCAGUUUGUCUCUGAGGGUAUCCAGGAUGUUACUGAAAGACUUUCAGGGAACAUUGACACAGUCCAUUACAACACCACGAUUGAGGAUAUCAUUACCGACGAAAUGGACUCGGCUGAAGGCUCUGAGGGGCCCGUUGUGCUGGUCGAUUCAUAUGGGAACCGAAGGGUAUUCGAUCAUGUCAUCUUCGCUUCACAGGCAAACCAGGCUGCUGCGACUCUGGCUGGCCACAAGGCAAAGCAGUCAUUGCCGAAACCGUUUCAUAUCUCUCCUGAGGCCGGCUAUGACGAGGGUGAUUAUGGGUGCAAGGAUGAACACGACCAAACGGAAUCUGAGAUAACCGAUGACCUCACCAUAGAAUCCAUCAAGCCGAAUCAUCCGUUCUCCCAGCAGAUUAAGGCUCUGCUCAAGUUUCCGUAUGAAAGGAUUCGGGUCGUGUGCCACACCGACACGUCGUUCUUGCCCAAAAAUCCGGCACACUGGCGACUGCUGAACAUUGCAAAGUCUUCAUCAGCAGACGUCCUUGCGUCGCCAAUGAACAAGAUCUCAAAGGAACUGGAAGCGGAGAUGGCCUACCGGUCUAGAAAGGCCAAGGCGCCCAGGCCGUCGAUCUUCUCUCUGAGAGCAACAUCAGCGAUGAGUCGUACAAGACUCGGUCUUCGCAAGACUAGCCAUUCUAGGCUUCGGGCACAUUUCGCACUAGCGACGACAUCUUCAUGCAGUUCCUCGAUGGCUGCACAUAGUCACAAUUCGGCCAUGGCGACACAUGUCAUGAACAGUACGACCGCCCUUCUUGGAUCGACCACAAAGUACUUGCAGACAAGUAAUCCCAUCUAUCCACCCCGACCCGACAGUGUGAUCUCAUCUGCAUGGUUUGAGCGCGCAGUUGUGAACCCUGCAUCGAUGAAGGCCAUUGAUGAAUUGGAUCUUUUGAUGGAGCAGCAGACUGACCGGUGGCAGUCUUGGAAUGCAGAAUCGAGAGAGCAGGAACAACAACCAUCGCAGACGAUUGCCGAGAUGCCCGUGUCCGAUCGUAUUUGGUUCGCCGGAAGCUAUGCAUACCCAGGGAUCCCAUUGCUGGAAGGUUGUGUCGCCAGCGCUUUGCAGGCCAUUGACAGAAUCGUGACUGCAGAAUCUAGGCAUCAAUUGGCCCCAUCUGCUGCUGCGCCCGAGAGCUCGUUCCUGAAGAGAGAGGCACCCAUGCGAGAACGUCGUCAGUAUCGCCAGGAGAGACUGCAGGAGGACAGGACCAGUAAUAGUGCCUUGCGAAUGGGCAUGAGUGCAGUCUAUUUCCAGAGUGCGUGGAAGGAUGCGCAGGAGGAUGAGCAAUAUGAGUCCGAGAAGGACAGUUUGCCUCGGAAGGGACGUUUAUUGUCGUCAUGGAGGUCGCGUAGCGUGUAUGUGGAGGUGGCAUGGAUGUUGAUACUGUAUGCGGUUGCGGUGUCAAAGUGGAUGCUGGUGAUCGUGGUCGAGAGCUUUGGUGGCGACGGCAGCCGUUGGGCCCUCGCGUGAAGAUGGAGCACGAGGUGUCCUUAUACCCCAUUUUUUUAUUUAAAAUAAAAUUCAAAACAAAUUGGAAUGUACCGG